GGUGCAACCCCCUUGCGUCUAACACUCUCAACUCAUGCAAUCCUAGCCCUAUGUGUGAGAAUGCCAACUACACGCUUUCAGAUACCUCUCGCAUUCUUAGUAACUAUACCUACUUCAACGGGAAUGCCUCGGAGUAUGACUGGGUUGUGGAACAGGGAUCGAUUAUCAAUACUACAUCUGACGGCGAGGCUGCAAUUGCCGUCCUCCUCACUGAAACCGGUGGCGGUACUCUUCUGUCUUCAACCAGAUACGUACAUUACGGUCAAGUCACAGCUAGAUUAAAAACUGGCCGCUGGGCAGGCGUCGUUACCGCAUUCAUCACAAUGUCUAGCAUUAAAGAUGAGAUCGAUUGGGAAUUCCCUGGCAAUCAGACGACCACCGGACAGACCAAUUAUUUCUGGGAGGGAGUCAUUCCUGCACAAACCGCUGGUGUAGUUGAAACUGGUCUCACGGAUACUUAUUCCAACUGGCAUGAUCUUACAAUCGACUGGCAACCUGAUUCGCUGACCUUCUUGGUCGACGGAAACGUGACGCGCACGAUUACAGCUGUUCAGACUACGAACAAUGCGACAGGCGUAGUCCAGUUCCCCAACACACCCAGUCGCAUUCAAUUGAGCAUCUGGCCGGGCGGUAUCUCCACCGAGCCUCAAGGCACGAUUGAAUGGGCCGGAGGCAUGAUCAACUGGAACGACCCCGACUAUGUCUCCGCUGGCCACUUCUAUGCGCUCUUCCAGUCUGUCUCAGUACAGUGCAACGACCCCACCACGCCCAGUGCAUCUGAUACGUCUUACGUGUACGGUACCAACUCUUCGUUGGACACGCCCAGCAUCGCCUUCUCGAAUGCUAGUACGAUUAACGGCGCGCCUGCCUUGAUUGGCGUGAGUGUCAGUGCGAUGAGCAUGUGGCUCGGCGUUUCGGUGGCGCUCGCCCUUGGUGGCUUGGUAUUGUAAGCUGAAAUCACCUGAUGUCAAAGCUUGUCCCGGUGGUGUUUUUGUAGGCUCUUUCUUGUAUGGCUACUAUGUAAUGUGUUUCAGGAUACCCGAACAUAUAUAGUUCAAAAAGUACGCAGACUCUUGUAAAGCUGUUUGUCAUCGAUUAUCGGUCCG